AUGCGAACAUUGGAAUGGGACAACAUGGGAGUGAAAAUCGAUGGUCGGCAGUUACGCCAUCUUUGCUUUGCUGAUAACAUCGUCCUUAUUACACCAAACAUUAGUCAAGCGGAAGGAAUGCUUACCGACUUUGAUAAAGCCCGCGGACAGAUUGGUCUUCGACGAAAUCUCACGGAAACGAUGCUCAUGGGGAACUUUUUGGUAACGUAUGCUCCUUUCAUGCUCAAAGGAAUGAAUAUCUCUGAAUGA